AAGCCCAGUCUCUCUCACGCUGAAAAGCUCCCACCAAUCAAUCCACCCAUCCUGCGGGUAAAUCACCGUUCGCUGUUGUCGCGUCAGAAGCCAAAGAAAGUGCCCCACACGCUGCCGUCCGCCACGCGAUAUAUGUUGGCCGUCGCUCUUUGCUGGGUCGUCAUUCGCAAUCGAAGCGCGUAUCAAGUCGGACGUGAAGUCGUUAGUUAGUCAAAACAAAACAGAAAUGGUAGUGCCAAUACGAGAACCGCAAGACGUAUUCGGAAAUAAGAAACGCAUCCGGAUCGAUACCAACAAAGACAAUCUGCAGAUUAUCGGAAACCAGAACCGGAUACUGAUUAAAUCCAACGAAGGAACCUUGAACGUAGUGGGCAAUCUGAAUAACGUGAAAGUCAUGCGCAACAGUGGAAAGAUCAACUACAUCGGCAAUGAAGGCUCAAUCUACCUCAGCGACCAGAGCAAAUCGAUGAAGGUGAACUAUGUCGGGAACAACGCCAGAAUACGUGUGUGUAAUCAUGAACAACUGUCGGAUCGCUUCCGGUGAGAAAAUGGGACCGGAAGACAGCUUGAAGCCUCAGAAUGUGUUCAGUGCGGCAGCAUCAAGCGAGAGACUGUUUGAUAUCAAAUGGUGUAAAAUAGAAGCACGAGUGUAAAAAACUUCGACGAAUAGCAUUAAUUACAUGACUUGGCGCAAAUUCCAGUGAACUUAAUUAUGCAUUAGUACCGCUCAAGAGGAAAUAACCACCGACCGCACGAAACUGUGAAUCCUAGUUAAUCAGUAUGAAUCAUGUUCGACGGCGGUUUGUUUUAACAAAAGAAGUAUUAUCAAAUUGCCAGUUUUUUGGUAACCUUGAAUGUUUAGAGUCAAGACAAUUGAAGUCGUUGAACCGACAUGCGCCUUUGUACUGAACCUUGCCGCGUUGUUUUGGCGCAGAAACAAGAAAGACUGAUUAGUUCUUAUGAUUAUAUCUAAGUAUCGCUCGAAAUAUAUGAGUUUUUAAAUUUGUCAAAAAGAAACAAGCAAA